GAAACACCGCUUAUGGGAAGCCUCGCGGUCCCGAGAUCAGUUUUUCUUCGUGGCUUUGAACAACUACAUCUCUUCUCUUUCAAAGAAAUGGAACUGACCGAGGACCUCAUUACGAUUGACCAGGACAUUUUUCUGGCCACCACAAUGUUCUCGAGCAAUUGUUCGACUCCCCAUGGAGUCAAUAGCACCCCUUCGUUGUCGUCCACAUCGUGUUGCGACAUGUCCCCCGACAGCUUGCGGAUAUCCCAAUGGUUUACAUUUUGGGUCGAAGGCGUCCUCAUUGUGGUUGUGGGCCUCUUCGGCCUCUUUGGGAAUACUCUCUCCAUCAACAUCCUCUGGGGAAAGGACAUGAGAAACGCCUUCAAUUGUCUCCUCAUUGUUCUGGCCGCCGUGGACAGCUUCUUGAUCGUCCUUGCCAUGUUUGACUACAGCUUCGUACGGGCUUUUGGACUGACCUUCGAUCUGUAUACGUACAUGUUCCCUUAUUUCCUUUACCCGGCCACGAAUGUGGUACUGUGCAUGAGCAUUUUCAUGGUCGUGGCCAUUGCUUUCGAGCGAUUUCUGGCCGUGUGUCGACCUUACGAAUAUCGAGCCAUGUCCACCACCCAAUCUGUCACCAAACGAGUGCUCAAGCUCUCAGGUCCGGUCUUCGUGAUUGCAUUUCUCAUUAACAUCCCAAAGUUCUUCGAGACCAAGCUCAAAGAGACCAUGAACAACGACACCCAGACCCUUCAAGUGUCAUACGUGGUGACGAGGUUACGCAAGAACCCGAUCUACAUCAACUACUACGUCAAUUGGUUCAGACUCUUGGGCACGGGUGUGCUCCCCAUGUUGGCACUUAUUUACCUGAACAUCAAUAUCUACCUCAAGAUAGUGGAAACGAGAAAAACUCGAGAGGUUCAACGUCAAACAAUGGGCGGUCCUCGACGAACCUCAAUAGGCGGCAGCUCGGCGGGUUACAAUCCAACCCAUGGACCCGAUGAGAACAGCAAUUCUGAGCCGAAUAUGAGACGCAAGCAAGAGGCCGUAUCGAAACGGGAGAUCAAGAUGGCCUCGAUCCUCUUGACCAUUGUCUUUGUCUUCUUCGGCUGCCACUUGCCCAGAGUGCUGCUCAAUCUUCAUGAAUUCUUCAUGGCCACCCAAAUUGAGGACUGUGGGGAUAUGUUUUGCCCACCCGCUUGGUUCCUUUGCUCCAUAUCCGUGAACCAUUUCUUAUUGGUGGUGAACUCGUCUGUAAAUAUUUUGGUGUAUUGUUCUCAAGGAGAGAAGUUCAGGCAAGGCCUAACCGAGAAGCUCCAUCUUCAACAAUUGUCCAAGUGGUUUCUAUUUUCAAAGCCCCGCUUGAACAACUCUUCCAAUGACGACCUGACCUUGAAGGUUCUGGCUCCGAAUGGACCGGCCAGACAAACCUUGAUUCCCAGACCGGAGGUAUCUUCACAGUACCUGAUGAUUCCGACCCAAAAGCACAGUUACACCCUCAAAGAAGGCAGCAAUACACAUUGACAUUGAAAAACUGAACGCUUCAUCUGGUUGGAUUGGUGGGCGGUUCUGACAUUCGUUCACCCACCCAGGAAAAUAAUACAUCGCUGCUUCUGACGUUUUCUUGGAACCCAACAAGCCAUCAUGGUGAUUGAGUGGGAACAAAAGUUAAAAUGGAAGAAGAACGCGAGCGUUCGUUAGUAUUGAGUAGAGUGCUAAAGAAAAAGAGAGACAUCACUCUGCCUUCGCUUAGAGGGAAAUUUGUCAAAUUUCAGCAUUAUUAUCAGUACCAAAUUAGACUGAUAGAAGAACGGAGUAGAAAAGAUUGUUUAAGAGUAUUUUCAUCGUCACAAUCAUGUAUUUUUAACUUUACAAAAGGAAAAGAAAAACGAUUUUCUCAGAGUUUUUGAUUUACAAAUAUGUUUCUCCUUGAAUGGUCAAUCCAUAGUCGGUGAUAUGUCAUUCAGUUUUCUUUGAAAUCUUAUUAUACUACAGAUAGCUCCAUGUAGUUGAAGAAUUUUAGAUUAAUAGCUACAUAUGCCUAUGAAAGUACAAAAGCACUUGUUUGCUCCAUUAAGUUUGCAAGGUCGUGAAAUCUACAAUUUGCUUUUUUUGUUCACGGCUUGUUCUCCAAUUUCAUUCAAUGGUGGGUAAGAAUACGAUCGUCUCUCAUAACGUAUCUAGCUAGACCUCUAUGCUUUGAAACUACAAAACUACCUGUCCAUGAAUAAUGUGAACGAAUCAGUUUGGUUUUAUUUAAAGAUGCUCACCAAUGAAACAUUUGGACUGUAGCCCAGAAAUACAAAAAAUUGUUACU